AUGGCAAGCGAGGCACAAUUCGACGCGGCAUUAGACCUCCUCCGAAGACUAUCUCCACUUGAAGUAUCCGACAACCUCAAUGCAAUCACCACCCUCGUUCCUGACCUGACCGAGGACCUGCUCUCCUCUGUCGACCAGCCUUUGACGUCGGCGAGGUGCAAGAAGACAGGCCGCGACUACUUACUAUGUGACUACAACCGAGAUGGAGACUCAUACCGAAGUCCUUGGAGCAAUGAAUUCGAUCCACCGCUUGACGACGCAACCUACCCCAGCGAUCGAGUGAGAAAGAUGGAAGUGGAGGCCAAUACUGCAUUCGACGUUUACAGACAAAUGUACUACGAAGGCGGCACUGGCAGUGUGUACCUGUGGGAUCUUGACGAUGGGUUCGCAGGAGUGGUCCUAUUAAAGAAGAGUAUGGCAAAAGACGCCGGGUGGGACAGCAUACAUGUCUUUGAAGUCGACGAGAGACGAGGCAGUGGACGGACCUGUCACUACAAGUUGACCAGUACCGUGAUCCUGCACUUGGGUCGAGAAGGCGAGUCGGUCGGCUCGUUGAAACUAGCCGGAAGCAUGACCAGGCAGGUCGAGGCAGACCUUGUGGUGGAAAAUGUGGGUGGGCAAGGGAAGGAUGGAGGUCAUGUGUGCAAUAUUGGUCGACUCGUCGAGGAUAUGGAGGGCAAGAUGAGAAAUAUGCUGCAAGAAGUGUAUUUCGGGAAAGCAAAGGACGUUGUGGGCGACCUUCGAAGCGUGGCAGCAUUGACCGGCGUCAACCAGGAGCGACAGGCGCAAAGAGACGUCAUAUCCAGCAUGGGCGGUAAAUGA